AUGUAAGGCUCUUUGCCUUCCGGUUUCUCUCGGCCUUUCUCUGCGCGCUGGUUUCGACUUGCGCUAUGUGGUGUGGAGAAGGGGCGGGGUCCCUCCUCCUUUCUGUUCCUACUGGAAGCGUCCACUUCGUGCUUGGCUGGAAUUGAGGAGUCCGAGGUGUCAGCUUUAGGCUUGGUGAAGCGUGGUGGCUCCAUGGCCCCACUCGGAGGCGCCCCGCGGCUGGUGCUGCUGUUUAGCGGGAAGAGGAAAUCCGGGAAGGACUUCGUGACCGAGGCGCUGCAGAGCAGACUUGGAGGUAACAUCUGUGCUGUCCUGCGGCUCUCUGGUCCACUCAAGGAGCAGUAUGCUCGGGAGCAUGGCUUGGACUUCCAGAGACUCCUGGAUGCCAGCACCUACAAGGAGGCCUAUCGGAGGGACAUGAUCUGCUGGGGGGAGGAGAAACGCUGUGCCGAUCCAGGCUUCUUCUGCCGGAAGAUUGUGGAAGGCGUGUCCCAGCCUAUCUGGCUGGUGAGUGACACACGGAGGGUGUCUGAUAUCCAGUGGUUUCAGGAGGCCUAUGGGCCUGUGACACAGACAGUCCGGGUAGUAGCCUCGGAGCAGAGCCGACAGCAGCGGGGCUGGGUGUUCACACCAGGAGUGGAUGAUGCUGAGUCAGAGUGUGGCCUGGACAACUUUGGGAACUUUGACUGGGUCAUUGAGAACCAUGGAGACGAGCAGAGCUUGGAAGAUCAGUUGGAGAACCUUCUGGAAUUUAUUCGUGCCACACUUUAGUGAUCAGGCUUCAGGGCUGAGCAGAGACUGCUUCACUGGGGCGGAUACUGGUUCUGUCAGAUGUGGCUCCCCAGUCCUGGCUGAGGUCAGAGCAGGUGGACUGGCUCUAGAUUUCCAGAGGUGUAGGGAGGAUGCUCACAGGCAGUGGGCAAGUUUAGAAUCCUCUGGUGUGCUUGUCUUCCCUGGAGAGGACGCCCUGCCUCUUCAGGACACUUACAGGACAAAGGAAGGUGCAUUAGUUUUGUUUGAGGCAGGAGCAUUACCAUGCCCCUGGGUGGCCAGGUCUGCUGAGCUGUGAUGGUUUUGCGUCCCUGUGUAUGUUCCCGGCCCUGGAAUCCUAAUAAACCUCCUUGGAACACA